AUGCCAUCCAAGAGCGAGCCCGCCCUGCUCAAGGUACACCGCACCAAGUACCGUGGUGCUGGUGCUGGCCCAAUUCCCAAGUCGGAGCCGUUCAAUACCUCCUCCUCCUCCAAGCCCCCAAAGAGACCUUGGCGCGCAGACCCGGGAGUAAGACUGUUGAGCUUCACCAACCACCAGAUCGAGGCUCAAAUGGCUCGGAUGAAUAGCAACAUCGGCGACUUCAUGAGCGAGCUUGACCAGCUCGAGUCCCACAUCAAUGAGCUCAACCAUCCAAAGCUGCUGAGUUGGCAAGCCGACAUCGUCACGCGUCUCAUCGAGGUAGCUCAUUCCAAGGAGCCAAAUCUCUCUUCCAGCAGUCUCUUGUUGACUGCUCACUACCUUGACCACGAAACGAUGUCGCGUGGUUACAGCCUCGCUGCCAGGAAGAUCUCUCUCGAGACCAUGCGCAAGUUCGGUCUUGGCGAGCAACAUUAUGAAGUGCUGAGGCGAUACGAUGAGCUCCUUGAACACCGCAGCAAGAACCCUUUCCACACCGAGAGUUUCUUCGCCCGAUGGCUUGUUGCCAAUCAACAUGUCGCGCCUGAGAAGUUUUUAUUCUGGUCUCCGUUUUUCCUCGCGUGCUACGGUCGAUCUAUCAGCCAGAGUGCUACCUUCUUUUAG